AUGGUGGAGGUCGACGACGGAGGCAGAGAAGGUGGAGGUGUCGACGGUGGAGGCAGAGAAGGUGGAGGGGUCAACAGAGAUGUGGGGGUGGCAGAGGAGGUGGAGGUGUUGGCUGGAGAAAGUGGAGGUGUCGGCUGGAGAAGGAUGCUAGGGUUUUGUGAUUGUGUAAUUCAAGAAGUUCACAUCAUGGCUGAAGAAUUUUACAACACGUUUUACAAGGCGUUUACAUCCGAGUCUUUCGAAACCUCAGCUGUUACACCAAAAACCAUAACAAAACCGAUCAAUGAAAACAUUAAACAUGAUAACUUCUAUGGAACACAUUCAAAACCACCAACACUCGAAAGUAUUGAAGACUACACUUGGUGGAAAGAACGUUUCAUCAACUGGGCAAAAGCUUACGCUCAUGAGAGCUGGUUUUGUUUGGAAUUUGGUUAUAGUAGGCCGGUCAAUGAUAAAGGAGAAGAUCUCCUACUCAAAAGCUUAUCCAAAGAAGACAAAUCCGAAUUUGCAGCUGAACAGAGAAUGAUUGCUUUAAUUCAAUCAUCAAUUAGAAAUGACAUGUUUGCUUUACUACAACAUGACAGCAUGAAAGGUGAAUCAGUUCGACAAAUGAUAGAGAGAUUUGGUCAUUUAAAAAUUGAACUUGAUCGUUUUGGAAUUGUUAAAACUCGAGAAGAAAUAAUCGAUAAAAUCAUAGAAGCUUUACCGCGAGCUGAUCAGUGGCAAACUCAUGAACUGGAGUUGCAAAAACAAAGUAAGAUGAACGGUUCUUCACAUCAACAAAAUGUGGGUCUUUAUUACAAAGGAAACAUACCCUCGGUGAAAGUUGGUGAUUCACCAAAGACAACAUUUAGUGGUGAGAAGAUAAAAGAACCUCAGACAAGUUCAUCAAGUUACAAUCCAGGAUAUCAUUCGUCUUUUCCAAAAGCAAACUCCGAAGAAUCAGAAGAAGUUCUCUGUAACAUCGCUCUUAAUUUGAAGAAUUCUCCGGCAAUGAGCAUCAAUGCAGCUAAACAACAAAUGAGUUUUCUGGCAUCUAUGUUAGAGUCAUACGAAGCAAGUUGCAUUCGAAGAGCUCAGAGAUAUAUGGAGAUUACUGGGAAGCAGUCAAUAGGUGGUCCGUCAACAAAGCUGGGAUUCGACAAAUCCAAAGUGACCUGUUUCAGAUGUAAACAAAAGGGUCAUUUCAAAAGAGAAUGCAAAAAUUCUGAAGUUGACGAAACUGAGAAACCUUUCAAUGAUGAUUAUCACCAAAAGAUUCUUCCAGAAGAAGAUCGUGUUGAUAAUCGAAGUACAACUCAUGGCAAAAAUAUUUCAAAGAGCAAACAUUAUGCUUUUGUUGCUGAAAUCAAAGAGAAAACCAGAGAAGAGAUUCUGAAUGAGAAAACAUACAGAGAAAGAAGCAUUGCUGGAAACAGAAUUGAUGAAAUGCAAGAAGAGUAUGAAGAUGCUGUCAGCUAUAAAAUAUGGGACAAGAAGCGAGAGUGCUAUGUCAACAGAAAUGGUGAACCUGUUGUUCCCAAAAAGAACAUAAUUUUUGAUGAUGUUCUUUUAGUAAUUCCUCGAUCCGUUGAAUACUAUUCAAAUGUUGAAAAAGAUAAAACAUAUGUGAAAAGGCUGGAAAAACUCAUAAGAGAUGUCAUGAUAUCAAGUUUGAGGAAAAGGGAUGAAGAAAGAAUGAAGAAGAAUGUUGAGAGUUUGGUUGAUAAUUUGAAGAAGUUCGCUGAGGAAGUCAAAGUCGAAGCUGUGAAAGUGGAAAAAGUGAAAGAGAAGGAAGAGAAAGUUGUGGUGAAUGAAGAAACUGUGAAAGAAGCUAUUCUUCCAGAAGAAGAUCGUGUUGAUAAUCGAAGUACAACUCAUGGCAAAAAUAUUUCAAAGAGCAAACAUUAUGCUUUUGUUGCUGAAAUCAAAGAGAAAACCAGAGAAGAGAUUCUGAAUGAGAAAACAUACAGAGAAAGAAGCAUUGCUGGAAACAGAAUUGAUGAAAUGCAAGAAGAGUAUGAAGAUGCUGUCAGCUAUAAAAUAUGGGACAAGAAGCGAGAGUGCUAUGUCAACAGAAAUGGUGAACCUGUUGUUCCCAAAAAGAACAUAAUUUUUGAUGAUGUUCUUUUAGUAAUUCCUCGAUCCGUCGAAUACUAUUCAAAUGUUGAAAAAGAUAAAACAUAUGUGAAAAGGCUGGAAAAACUCAUAAGAGAUGUCAUGAUAUCAAGUUUGAGGAAAAGGGAUGAAGAAAGAAUGAAGAAGAAUGUUGAGAGUUUGGUUGAUAAUUUGAAGAAGUUCGCUGAGGAAGUCAAAGUCGAAGCUGUGAAAGUGGAAAAAGUGAAAGAGAAGGAAGAGAAAGUUGUGGUGAAUGAAGAAACUGUGAAAGAAGCUAUUCUUCCAGAAGAAGAUCGUGUUGAUAAUCGAAGUACAACUCAUGGCAAAAAUAUUUCAAAGAGCAAACAUUAUGCUUUUGUUGCUGAAAUCAAAGAGAAAACCAGAGAAGAGAUUCUGAAUGAGAAAACAUACAGAGAAAGAAGCAUUGCUGGAAACAGAAUUGAUGAAAUGCAAGAAGAGUAUGAAGAUGCUGUCAGCUAUAAAAUAUGGGACAAGAAGCGAGAGUGCUAUGUCAACAGAAAUGGUGAACCUGUUGUUCCCAAAAAGAACAUAAUUUUUGAUGAUGUUCUUUUAGUAAUUCCUCGAUCCGUCGAAUACUAUUCAAAUGUUGAAAAAGAUAAAACAUAUGUGAAAAGGCUGGAAAAACUCAUAAGAGAUGUCAUGAUAUCAAGUUUGAGGAAAAGGGAUGAAGAAAGAAUGAAGAAGAAUGUUGAGAGUUUGGUUGAUAAUUUGAAGAAGUUCGCUGAGGAAGUCAAAGUCGAAGCUGUGAAAGUGGAAAAAGUGAAAGAGAAGGAAGAGAAAGUUGUGGUGAAUGAAGAAACUGUGAAAGAAGCUAUUCUUCCAGAAGAAGAUCGUGUUGAUAAUCGAAGUACAACUCAUGGCAAAAAUAUUUCAAAGAGCAAACAUUAUGCUUUUGUUGCUGAAAUCAAAGAGAAAACCAGAGAAGAGAUUCUGAAUGAGAAAACAUACAGAGAAAGAAGCAUUGCUGGAAACAGAAUUGAUGAAAUGCAAGAAGAGUAUGAAGAUGCUGUCAGCUAUAAAAUAUGGGACAAGAAGCGAGAGUGCUAUGUCAACAGAAAUGGUGAACCUGUUGUUCCCAAAAAGAACAUAAUUUUUGAUGAUGUUCUUUUAGUAAUUCCUCGAUCCGUCGAAUACUAUUCAAAUGUUGAAAAAGAUAAAACAUAUGUGAAAAGGCUGGAAAAACUCAUAAGAGAUGUCAUGAUAUCAAGUUUGAGGAAAAGGGAUGAAGAAAGAAUGAAGAAGAAUGUUGAGAGUUUGGUUGAUAAUUUGAAGAAGUUCGCUGAGGAAGUCAAAGUCGAAGCUGUGAAAGUGGAAAAAGUGAAAGAGAAGGAAGAGAAAGUUGUGGUGAAUGAAGAAACUGUGAAAGAAGCUGUGCUUCCGAAGAUAAUCGAAUGUCAACAAGAGGAGUGUCGGAGCAGCCUGGCACAAGGAGGAGAGGAGGCUGCUGAACCCUGUUUAAAAAAACAAGAGGAAAAACAAAAAAGGAGAAGAAAGAAAGUGGUGAUAGAAUCUUCAGAAGAUACAGAUUCUGUUUCAAAGGAUGAAAAUACUAGUCGAGCUAUAGUUCUGCAUACUUCUGAACAACAACAAGUAAAUUCAGAUGAUGAUUUUGUUGACCCACCACCAAGAGUGAAACAGACAAAAUAUCAAAAGAAGGAAAAGGCAGAAUCAAAACCAAAGAGAUCAUUGAGGAAAGAUAAAACAGAAGAACAACCAGAACAACAACCAUGUUAUGAUUACGACGAAAAAAAAAUCAACAUAAGAUGUGCAGUCAAUAAUCUAAAAGAUUAUAUUGAAAAUAUGUCAAAAGAGCAAAAGAAAGUUGUUAGAGAAAUAGGGUUUGGCACCAUACUAUCAUUGAAGCUGCAUUCAGUUCCAUGCAAAUUCGGAUAUUGGCUGGUAAAAAACUUUGAUGCUGAAAAUGAUGAGAAAAAUACUGGAGAUGAAAAGAUUAAGAUCACAGCUGAAUUGAUCCAAAAGAUUCUAUAUGCUUACAAAAAACAAGGAUUUGACGAUGCUGAAAACACUGAAGAGUUCUCUCUAGAUAAAAUUGAUUCUACAACAUUACAAGAAUUUGAAGUUGAAUUGGAAAUUGUUGCGCUAAAUGAGGGGAGAGAAAAAGAUGAAGACGAUGCUGAAGAACAACCAAACAUCAAUAUCAACUCAGAAGAGAUAGAAGAUGGAAACACCUUACUUAAAGCUGCAACAGACUGGAUUGAACAAGAGGAUCAAGAGGAUGUUCAAAACAGCCAACUUAAAACUAAUGAAACUGAGAAAACACAAACAGAAAGUGGAGGAUCAUGGGGGCAAUUCUUCAUAAAACCAUCAAAAGGAAAUAAAGAUAAAUUGUGGGUAGAUAGUCAAUGCCGAUUGCGUAAUUUCAUGCCAUCACAAAUUCAAAGUGAAGGUCUUUCUGACAUUCAUUCAACAAAAAGUGGCGAUGAAAAUAUGAAGAACAUUGAAGGUAAAAAAUCAAAUGAAGAAUAUGUUGUGACUGCCUUGGAUUAUCAUUUUAAAGGAUUUGAAGAAGUUUUCGAAAGCAUCCAAUCACGCAUAGAUGAGAUCAUUGAAGAAUAUCCAAAUAGUGAAAUUGUUCACAACAAAGUAAACGAAUGGGCGUCAUUGAUUGAAAAAUUCAACGAUCAAGCUAAAAAGCACAAGAAAGUUAGUAUUGAUUCAACUCUGAUCGAAACACCAUCAAGAUUUCUAAAUUUGAGCCAAAAUGAAGACACUGAAAAUCAAAACAUUUCAACUCCAUUGAUAGUAAAAUGCAAUGAUGAUGCUACAAAACGCAAUGAAGAUAACACAACUGUAGUCCAGUCCUCCAAUCCAGAAAAAAUCAUUGAGAAUGAACCUACAUCGAGUCUGCAAACACACAUUGAAAACCCUUCAUUGGCUUUAACAUCGAGUGAAAAGGAAGAAACUGAAAAGGAAGAAAAAAUGAUAGAAGCGUUCACAAAGAACAUUGAAAAAAUUCUUCAAGGUGCAAAGCUAAAAAGCAUAAAAAAUUUUAAAAUUAUCCUUGUCCCGAUUCUCCAUUCAGAGCAUUUCUUUGUGAUCUCAUUCAAUCUUGAAGAGAAACAAAUAUUCAUCAUUGACAACAGUGCGAAAGCGGUCACAAAUAUAGAAAAAUAUGGUGAUGUGCCUGAAAAUACAGUAAGUUUUCCAACUUAUGCUUUUAAAACACAAAUAUAA